ACACCGGAAGUGGCGCCCGCAGACAAUCUGGGUAGUGGGCCGGGGUCGGGCGAGGCCUGCCGGGCUCUCCAGGACGGCGCGCGUUCUCGCAUGGCAAGCGCUGGUCUAUCCUAGGAGUCUCCUGCCGAGUGGCCCGCGCCGUGGUCAGCGAGCUUGAGCGCGGUCUGUGCGGAAACGCGUGCCUCGGGGACGUGCGGCCAGGUGGAUGACCCGCGUAGCCACACGCACCUGCCGUCCGCGCGCCCUGCCUGAGACGCGGACCUCUGGCUGGCUCCAGCGCGCUGCCUCCCAGCCCCGAGUGCAACUCAGUACCAGGGCGCGGGGGCCAGCAUGGAGCCCUCAGAGAGAGGGCGCGCGACCCCAGCUGCGAGGUGUCCAGUGACACGCCCAGACGAGGGUGUUACCUUGUCCAGCUGCGCAGCAGCGCGCUCCAGACUGGGUAAAGCUUAGCUAAAGCGCCGGGAUUUGGUUCCCUCCCCCUGCCUUCUUGGACGGCCAUUUGCUCUAUACCUGCGGCUGGGAGGGGAGCUGGCCUGAAGUCCAACGCAGAAGCUGUUGGCAAAGUUCCCCCGGUCCUGUUGCCAACUUUCAUUCUCCAGUGUUCUACAGCCUGAACUUUGAGUUCUGUUUCCAUCCACAAAGUAUGUAGGGAAGCUGUAGAUAGCAUCUACUAGGUGAAACUACAGAACCAUGUGCCAUUUCUCCGAGGCCCAAGCUGACCUGUGCUCAGCGAUGACAUCUUAGACGUCACCCCCUGUGAAGGCAACUCCAGAAUGGUGGCUCUUGAUGUCCCCGUUUGCAGAGUGGCCCUCCGCCUGUUGUGAAGGACUCAUCCCAAUUCUCUUGUGGUUCCUGUGGGAUGCCCCCCCACAAGGGUUGUUGUCCCUGGACAAAGGAAGUCCUGGGUAGAAGUAGCCAUGCAGAAUAAAGGCCAAAGCCUCCCCUGAGGCCCAACUGAGGGCUCCCAGGCCUAGGUGCCCAUGACACCUAUGGUGGAUGCUGCCUGGACUCCGCACUGCCUCUGCGAGCUGUCGCUGCCGCUGCCGCUGGGGCCCAAUGCCGGUCAUGCCCAUCCCGCGGCGGGUGCGCUCCUUCCACGGUCCGCACACCACUUGCCUGCACGCAGCUUGUGGGCCAGUGCGCACCUCACACCUGGCGCGCACCAAGUACAACAAUUUCGACGUGUACGUCAAGACACGCUGGCUGUACGGCUUCAUCCGCUUCCUGCUGUACUUCAGCUGCAGCCUCUUCACCGCGGCGCUUUGGGGCGCGCUGGCCGCGCUGUUCUGCCUGCAGUACCUGGGUGUGCGGGUGCUGCUGCGCUUCCAGCUCAAGCUGUCGGUGCUGCUGCUGCUGCUGGGUCGCAGGCGUGUGGACUUCCGCCUCAUGAACGAGCUGCUAAUCUACGGCAUCCACGUGACCAUGCUGCUGGUCGGGGGCUUGGGCUGGUGCUUCAUGGUCUUCGUGGACAUGUGAGGGUGCUCGGCCUUCCACGGAGCUUUCUUGGUUGUGCCAGGUCCUGAUUUUUUCCUUGAUGGAUGGGGCUGGUCAGGGCUCUUUCUGCCCCAUCCUGCAAGUGAGGCCCACAGCACACGCUCCCACUAGGGAGAGAAAAGGGCUGAGAUUUCUCCAUGAUGGGGACCCUGCACUGUUCCUCCCGCUUGCUCUGCACUAGCUUCCCUUCCCUGUGUGCCAGUCCAGGUGCAGCCUCCUUGCUUUCCUGCCUGUGGUUGCCACUUGCACUUUUCCAGGUCAUCCUGUGGGUGGCUUAUGUGUUCAGUCUGCAUCUUGGGAUCCUCUGGGUGACAUCCAGACUGUCAAUAGGUCACACCAGUGAUUUGGGAGAGCCCUGGACACAGAGGGGCCUCCUAGCUGCACAGCCCCAUCCCACAUACCCCUGAUCUCACCCCAGCCUCAGAGACCUGGCAGGCUCCCCAAACAGACACACUGCACUGCCACAAAGUUGUCUCUACCCUGGGCUGUCUGAGUCCUGCUCAGACCACAGAUCACUCCUCUUCACCGAGGAGGGUCCACUGUGCAGACCUGAGUAUCAGGCCAGGCCUCAAGGUCGCCUUGGCUUGCUCAGAUGCAAUCCAGGAGUACACUGAAGACGGCACGGGCCCGCAAGUAGCUCCCAUUUUCCUCACUCUAGGCAGGUGUGUUGAGAAUGUCAGGCCAGUCCCUAAGUCCCUUCAAAUGUGGGUCCCUGGGGAGGCCAUUCCCACUGUGGUUUUGGGGGGCACUUAAGCCCUUUUUACCUGAGGAAUUGAGACCUGCCUGACUCCAGCAGAUGACAGAGGUUGUGAGGCCCAUAGCAGAGAACACAAUCAAACUGACAGUUCCUCUUAGGGUGGCACGUGCAGCCCUCAUGGGCUGUCCAUGAGCAGGCUGGCGCCUCUUGUGUCCUUGCCAUGGCUACUAACACAUGACUGGUGUGGGACAGAACCAUGGGCCAGGAGGGUGUCUACAGGGCAGAAGUAGCAGACCCCCUACGCUGGCCUCUGUCAGGUGGGGGCCUGGUGCUUUGUGCUAUGAUUUACAGGAAGUUGGGGGCAUGGGUGGCCAGUGAAAGGUGUGGAAACAGGAUAUUGGGCCUGAGGAUAGCUAGUUGGUCAACAGUUGUUUCACCCCAAAUUGUCACCCCUACCCCCUGGGCGUGGAUGUGGCCCUUUGACCCUACCCUGUGAGGCAGACCAGUGGCUGGGGCUCUGUGAGAACAGUUGGGUGCCACUGGAGGGAAACUUAAAAACCCAAACAGGUAGGGAAAGCAAAAAACACUGGCUAUAAACCAAGCUCUUUAAUUUGUGGCCAGCUUCCGUUCACUGAUCUAACAGAAGGGCUCCGUGGAGGAUGUCUGUCUGAUUUCUGGACUGGCAGGCGAGGAGCCUUCCCAGUGAACCUCGCUUCUUGCUGCAGAUAAUCUUUUGCACUAAAUCAUGCUCUUUCCUCAAAGAAGUUUUGUUCUGUGUUAAUUAGCUUGUGCUACUCAGAGUUGCUGUAGCCCCCUUGCUGGGUGAUGAGUUGGGGGCUGGUGGUGGGAGGGGAUGGCUGUGCUAGAGGGCAGCAGGACCUUGUCACAUGCUGCACACCUGGCUGCCCAGUGUCCCGAGUGCCUGUUAAAUUCUUUAUGAGAUGAACCACCUGCAUUAAACCUAUUUUUUUAAUGUGUUGAUGGAGUGGUUUUUUUAUUUUUUUUGGUAU